AUGCACAAACCAGAGGUCCAGAUCGAUGUUUUGGAUUAUCCACAUGUCAAUGUGCUGUGCACGAUCACACGGCUGUCCAUUCUACUGGAUAUUGAUAGGAUGGAUAAGAUCCUCCCAAGUCCAACCCGGAAUUUAUAUCCCGUCAAUGAAGAGCAGUACAGAACGAUUGAUCAGGCCGUCUCGAUCUGCAAAUCAAUGACUACUCAGAGAAUGGCUGCCACUUUCCCAGCUUUCAGACUCACUGCCAUUCUCUCUAUCAUCAUACCCUUGGCACUCAUGGUCCACAUGCACGUCGCAUUCGACGUUGAGGACAAUGAAGAAUACGUUAUGGACGACCACUUCCUUGGCCUGAACAUCCGGUCCGGCAGUCGGUUACUCGCGCAAAAGAUCAAGAUGGGAGCCAGCUGCGAUGCCGUCUCAAACAACAUUUGCUCAGGUGUGUCAGUAAACAAUGGCACAGGCCUCCUCCAAUGCUGCAAAAAGCAUUGCAGGAAUGUGCUAGGUGACCGCAAUAACUGUGGUGUGUGUGAACGUAAGUGCGGGUUUGGGCAGCUAUGCUGCAGUGGGAAGUGCACUGACAUCGCCUACAACGUCGACCACUGCGGCAAGUGCGAGACGAAGUGUAAGACCGGUGUCAAAUGCGAGUAUGGAACAUGUGGGUAUGCGUGAUUUUUAUGAAUUUAGAUGGAGUUUAAUUACAGUGGACGGUCUAGAGAGAAUAAUUUGUAGUAGACUAGAGAUGGGGAGAUACAGGUACAAUACAUAGCUUGGGAUGUAGACCACAUGUGAUAUGUGCCAUCCAAUCUUCACAUGGGUAUGCAAGAAUUGCAAGCGAGUUCUUUCAUCAAUAAAAGAAAAGACAUGGGCCAUGGUACUUUUGGUGCUUUCUUUCUUUCUUCUUCUUCUUCCUCAGACAAUGUCUUAGAUAGUAUAAAGCAUGGAGGUGGACAUCAUUUCCUGUUGGAGAUU